GUCUCGUGUAGUCGGUGGUCGGAGUGUGUGGCGUAUUCUGUCUCUGACUUAUAUUUUAUACUUCUAUUAUAAUUCUCUUCGUAGAUAUCUGUGUCGUCAUUUAAUACUUGUUGUAUUUAUCUUUGUGGGUCUAACCAAAAUUCUGACUCCAAUUUGUAUUAUAAUUCUCUUUGCUCCGACGCACCAAAGUUUGUGUGUAUUUUUCGUGUAUUUUAUCGUUUAGAAUGUCUUCUGAGUGGUAUGAAUUAAUUGGUAGGCCAAAAUUCGUGGUGGCGCCUAUGGUUGAUGCUAGUGAAAUUGCUUGGAGGCUUUUAUGUCGUCGACAUGGUGCGCAACUAUGCUAUACGCCGAUGUUUCAUAGCAAUGUUUUCACUAAAGAUCCCAAGUAUAGGAAAGAUAACUUUGUUACAUGUGAUGAAGAUCGCCCACUUAUUGUUCAGUUUUGUGGCAAUAAUCCGGAGGUGAUGGCUGCAGCUGCUAAAUAUGUGGAAAAUGAUUGUGAUGCAAUAGAUAUCAACCUUGGAUGUCCCCAGAUAAUUGCUAAAAGAGGUAGAUAUGGAUCAUAUCUACAAGAUGAAUGGGAUUUAUUAUCUAAUAUAGUACAAACCAUGACAAAAGCAGUUUCAGUACCUAUUACUUGCAAAGUCAGAAUAUUUGAAAGUAUUGAGAAAACAGUGAAAUAUGCACUUAUGCUGCAAAAUGCAGGAUGUAAGCUUCUUACAGUACAUGGCAGAACAAGGGAACAAAAAGGACCUUUAACUGGCAUUGCCAGUUGGAAACAUAUUAAAGCUGUAAGAGAGGCAAUAUCGAUACCAAUGUUCGCAAAUGGCAAUAUUCAAUGUUUAGAAGAUGUGUACAGAUGUUUGGAAUUCACAAAUGUGAAUGGUGUCAUGAGUGCCGAGGGUACUCUUACAAAUCCGGCAAUAUUUGAAGGCAUUAAUCCCUUGGUGUGGGAGAUGGCAGAUGAGUAUUUAGAUUUAGUUGAAAAAUAUCCAUGCCCGUCAUCUUAUAUUCGAGGACAUAUGUUUAAAAUGUUCCAUAAAAUAUUUACUAUAGAAGACAACUUUGAUGACAGACAUUUACUAGCCACUGCCCAAAACUUAAGUGAUUUUAGACAAGUUAGUAUGAAUAUACGUGACAAAUAUUUACCAUACCAUCAUGGCAAAGUACACUUUGAAGAUGGUGAAAACAUGUAUUCUAAUGGGUAUAAUCUCAUUUUACCUCCGUGGAUAUGUCAGCCAUAUGUUAGAAUGUCACCAGAACAACAUAAAAAUAAAAUGGAAGAAUUGAGUAAGAAGCAGCAAAAUAAUGAGAACAAGAGGAUCCAUGAAGAUUCUGAAGGUGUUGUCUUAUCACGAAAAAAAAUGAAGAAAUUAAAGCGAAUUAUGAGAAGGCCAAUAAAGCCUGAUUCACAACAACAUACAAGAGGUCAAGAAUCGUGUGUCAGUGACGCUUGCCGUAAUCCCCUUGGAGGGAAAUGCGUGUAUCAACUUUGUAAGAAGUGCUGUAAGGAGAAGUGUUUUAAAGAAGUACUAGACUGCAAGGGUCACAGGAUACUUGUGCUUACAAGGCGAGAAUUGGCAAAAACGUUUGAAGAAAAUAGAUCAGCGUAAUUAUAUAAAAACAUUCUUUAUCUAUACAUAAUAGAACUAUUAGAGAUUAGUAAAAAAAUAUGGAUAUUGUAUUUUUGCGAAUUAUCUUGUUUUUGUGUAUAUAUACAUGUGAAGAUAAAAA